AUGUCGGGAGAAGCAGUGGUUGAUGCAUUGCCAUACAUCGACCAGGGUUAUGAUGAUCCUGGGGUUAGAGAAGCGGCAUUGGCUAUGGUCGAAGAGGAAUGUCGGAGAUAUAGGCCUACUAAAAAUUAUUUAGAAAAUGCUGGCCCUGAACCGAGUACAGCCUUCGAAACACCUGCUUUGCACAGAGAAAUGGAAAGAGUUCAACAAAGAUUGCCAAUGGAACCAUUAUCUAUGAAAAGGUAUGAAUUACCACCCCCACCAACAGGAAGACUAGGGGAACCUACAGCUUGGACAGAAGCAGUUGACAAUUCACAUGCCCAGCUUUCUCACCAAGCUAUAAGAGUCUUAAACUUAGAGCUGCAAUUACAGUACAGUUCAGAAGCUUGGAGAUCAUACCUAAAUGUUUUGCAAGCUUUGGUUGAACGUUCACAGAAUGUUCAUGCACAAUUAAGAAAGCAAAUUGCUGCAGUAAACUGGGAGCGUAAGCGUUCUCAGACAGCAAGUGGUGCCAGGCUUAGAGCUCUUCGUCGUCGCUGGGCACAACUUGUAUCUGAUAAUUAUCGGUUGGAAAGAGCUAUAAUGCAGCUGGAAAUACAGCUUGAGAAGGCAAAAGGGCAAGUUUCUAGUGAUGGUGGCGAAACUCCAGACAUGGAUCUUGAAGCAGUCAAAAACCUUCCAGACAAAUUCAACUCUGAUACUGAAAAAGAAGUUCAAAAAAAAAUAGAAGAUAUGUUUGCAGAUUAA